AUGGAGCUGCGUCAUCGAGGUAAUAGGUCCGACAACAAUCAACAAAUGGAAACAUUCCAAAUCGAUCAAAAAUCCAGUGAUACUAAAGAUGAAGCUACCAGAAAUCAAAAAUGUCUAUCAGCUGUACCGACUCUCUUAGUAUCAGUAACUGUAUUGAUAAUUUUAAAUGUGUUUGUGUAUUAUAUGGACAACAAAUUACCACACCCUAUCCAAACAAAUUCAACCAAUAAUGAUUUUGUUGCUGAGCGUGCAAUGUCCACAUUAAUCAAACUAGCUAAUUUAGGUCCAAGACCUGUCGAUCCUAAACAAGGUAUAAAUGAUGCCAUUUUGUUAAAUUGUCAUUAUGAUACAGUUCCUGCAGGGCCUGGUGUAAGUGACAAUGGUGUGAACUGUGCUGUAAUGGUAGAACUUUUACGAAUUUUAUCGAAAACCCCACAUCUGAGGAGACCAAUAAUUUUUUUAUUUAACGGUGGCGAAGAAAUAAUGCUCCAAGCUUCCCACGGUUUCGUCACUCAACACCCGUGGUCUAAAAACGCAAAAUACAUAAUAAAUCUCGACAGCUGUGGAGCAGGUGGCCGAGAAAUAUUGUUUCAAACCACAAAGUCGGAUUCGUAUUUAGUAGAUUUAUACGCUCGCACCGUUCCCCAUCCAUACGGGCAAGUAAUUGGCGAAGAACUAUUUCAAUCGGGUGUAAUACCGUCGGACACAGAUUUUAGGAUAUUCAGAGAUUUCGGGAACAUGUCUGGUCUUGAUCUGGCGCAUUACAAAAACGGGUAUGUUUAUCACACGAAACACGACGACUUGAAUCAAAUCGGUCCGUCCGUGCUACAGAACACGGGCGAAAACUUGUUCGCGCUCGCCAAAGCCAUGUCAACGCACAACGCGACAAACAGCACCAAAUCCAAGUACGUGUUCUUCGACGUGUUCGGCGUGUACAUGAUUCACGACGGUCGGCAUGAACCGCCGCGAGUACAGCUUGCACCUGUUGACGGCCAUCGUGAGUCCGGGUUGCACGAUCGUGGCGGCCGUGCUGUCGUGUCUGCUGGUGGCGUUCGCGAUGGACCGGCUCGGGUGUUCGAUGAGCUGGUACAGCAACCGGACAAACCUGCUGGUGUACUUCGGCACCGCGACGUGGUCCAUACUGACCGUGGCGGCUUACUACCCGAAAACCCGGUCCAGGACCGAUACCGAAUGGACCGUGACGAUGCUCAACGGCGUGCAACUUUUCUGGACGGCGCUGCUGUUCGUCGCCACCAUGGCCGGUCUGCGGUCCAGCUACCUGUUCGCCGUCAUGGUGCUGUGUCCUGCGGCCGCCAGCUGCGCGUUGGGCAUACUGAACGCCGGCCGGGCGCCAGCCGUCUGGAUAGCGGUAUACGCCGCGUCGCUGGUCGUGCCCAUCGCGUUCGUCCUGUACCUGACGCAAAUGUUCGCGUCGCUGUUCGUGCCGAUCGCCGGACGCCUCGGCCCAACGUCAACCCCGACUACGUGGUCGGCGCGCUGAUGGCCAUGUCCGCGUACGCCACGGUCGGCCACCUGGCGCCGGCCGUUGCGCUGGUGGGCAGGCCGCGUCCCGCGCUGGCCGGUCUGGGGGCCGCGAUACUGGUGAUGGCCGUGACCAUCGUCGCCGUCCGGCCGGUCGGGUUCCCGUACUCGAGCGCCGUGGCCGAGCAGCGCUUCGACCUGAUACACACGCGACGCGCGUUCUACGACUUCGGCGGCGGCGUCCGGUACAACGAUUCGGGUUAUCUGAUCGUCAACUGGGACCGGCAGGGCCCGCGGACGGUCGCGGAUUACGUGCCGGACGCGACUCGCACCGACUGUGCCAGCGAACUGAUGUGCGGCGUACCCGUGACCGGCUCGCUGGCGCCACACACCGGCUGGCUGCCGGGCGGUCCGCCGCCGGCGUUGCAGCGGUCCACGGCCACGACUCGAGCGGUCGUACUCGAACGCGACGAGCGACGACGACGGAUCGCGUUCAACGUGACCGGCCCCGAGAGGGUGACUGUGUACGUCAGCCCGUAUCCCGGUACGCGGUUGAAGUCGUGGAGUUUCGCGGGAGAACCGGAAGCGGCCACCAGUUGGAUGGGCAACGACGUGUACGUGAUAAAGCACUCGUCGGGAGCGGGUCCUGCGGCGGGUGGCCCGCAGAGUGUGUGGAGCUUUUGGUUGGAACACGAAUGCGAUCGCGGUUUCGGCGAAACGUCCCUCAACGUCACCGUGGCGUACAGUUGGGUGAUACACAAGGACUUGGUGUUGGGCGACGAAUUCCGGUCGUUCGUCGACUCGUUUCCGCAAUGGUCGCACGUCAAUAUUGCGGUUGCCAGUGUAGAAGCCUUUGUCUACUAAGUCAAUUAUCUCGGGACCCUGAUAAAUAUUAUACAUAUCAUUAUUCAUUGUACGUAUACGAUAUUACGAUGAUACACAGGUAACUUGAUUCCGAGGAAGGUUACCUAUAAUAAUAUAUAUAAUUACAUAAGUUCAAUAAGAUAUAACAUUUUUCAGCUCAAUUAUUAUAAUAUUAUAUAAUGGCCAAUGGGUAUUAAUAACGUGGUUAAUAAAUAUUGUUAUUAAAACUGUAUAAGUUAUAACUAUUACAAUUUAUAUAAUUAAUUAUAUAAAAUUAUUCCUAUAAUCAUUGGCGCAACUAGGUCUAAAAUAUUAGGGGGGGCUACAGACCUACAAAUAAAUACCUAAUUUAAUUUACUUACUUUCAUGCUUUCCAAAAAAAUAGGAGAAUCGUCUUGAUUAUUUUCAUAUCAAUAGUAACAACUACAAAUACGAAUAAUUUUUUUGUAUAUAUUAAAAAUACUAAAUAAGUAUUUUUGUCCAUUUUUAAUCACCAAAUAAAAUUAAAAUAUUGGAUGGUGUCCGCCGUAGUGCCGCUGGUUGAUGCCACAUGCCCGCAUAAUAUUUAUUAGAUAAAAAUAUUUUUAUUAAAUUAUAUAUUGUACAUAGCAAAAUAAACUUUGAUAUUUUAUAUUUAUACAAUUUACUUUUGAAUAAUUCUGUUAUAAUAAUAAAUUCUCUACAUCAUAUCGUAUAGCUAGGGGAUGUGUCUCACACCCUCGCUAUUUUAUGCUUAAAUUAUUAUUUAAUCCUAAAUAAUAACCAUAAAAUUAUCGAGCCCCUAAGUCCCCUUAGUUGUGCCAAUGCCUAUAAUAUAUAUGUUUUUUAUUGUAUAGAUGACUUAUCAUUUUUAUCAAAUACUAUGAUAUAUUAUUAUAUAUACAUACGUGAAUGCGUGAUGUGUGUUGAGAUUGCAUUUAUUAUAUCCUUUGUUAAUAUUAUAUUUUUAUGUAUUUAUUAAUAACUUUUAAACUUUAUUGAUUUUGGAUUUUUUU